AUGGCGACUGCAUUGGAUUUGUCAGGUUUGGGAAAUUUUGAUCCGCAUUCGGAUCCAACUACAUUAUCUGUACGAUGGAAAGAAUGGUUACGGCGCUACGAACGGUUUCUGGUUGCUAUGGAUAUAAAAGAUGAUACUCGGAAACGUGCUCUAUUGCUAUAUGCAGCGGGAAACGAAGUAGAAAAAAUUUUUGCAACGUUGUCUGAGGUAGGGGAAGAAAAAGAUUACAAGAAAGCGGUUGAAAAGCUGAACGAGUAUUUUUUACCUAAGAAAAAUGUGUUACUUGAAACCCAUAAAUUUCGCCAGUUAAAACAAAUAACUGAGGAAACAAUUGAUCAAUAUUGUACCAGGCUUAGACAACAAGCCAUCAUCUGUGAAUUCUCUAACAGUGAAAAUGAGAUUAAAAUCCAGCUUGUUGAAGGAUGUUUAUCAUCGCGAGUGAGAAGAAAAGCCAUUCAGGAUGAUUUAUCAUUAGCAAACAUAUUAGCAUAUGCAAGAUCUCUUGAAAUAACAGAUAAAGCCGUCAAAACAUUAGAAGAAGAUUGUGGGCAUUUAGCUCCGUCCUUGAGUGCGGUUAAUGCUAUACAUAACCAACAAGACAAGUCGA